UUUACAUUUUAUGUUAUGGAUUCCAAUAGGUUUCCCCCGACGAUGCUUGCUGUGAUUAAUAAGUAUGCGUCAAUGGAAGUUGACGACUCAGAAGGUGAAGAACUGGAUUACUAUAUUAAUCAGUGCCCAUUGAAUUAUCAAUCCGAAAGUUUGCAAUCUAGGCAAAAUUGUUUAAUUGAAUCAACUUCCAAAUUUAUUUUUGGUAAUAAUGUGGAUUCAACAAAUAAACAGGACGAGCAUUCUAAUCCUCUUGUUAAAAGAAAAAGAUCUCCAUGCGCACCUAAUUUUGAACCGAAUGUCGAGAACGAGGAGAAGAAGAACAAAGUAGCCACCGUGGCUCCGUUCGAACUUUUGAAAAGAAAUUUCGAACGACUGAAGAGGCGUCAUUCGCUUCCAUCUUUUUCGGGUAACAUGAUAUACCUGAGUGGUGGUCGACGUCUAUCGCCCCAGAUGGCUUGUGUUACGUUGUGGGAAGUUGUCUGUCUAUUUGUUUCUCCUUUAGACGAUCAUUUUAUGAUUCCACCCCAACACAGCGGAAACGUGUCGCUUUCUCCGCGCCGAGUUUUUCCGUUUGAGGCUUUUGAACGCAACUACGGGGCUCAUACGAGGCGUCAUUCUGUCUCCCCCUCUCGAAGCAAACCGAAUGUCGAGAACGAGGAGAAGAAGAACAAAGUAGCCACCGUGGCUCCGUUCGAACUUUUGAAAAGAAAUUUCGAACGACUGAAGAGGCGUCAUUCGCUUCCAUCUUUUUCGGGUAACAGUCUCCUCGCGGAAUCGACACCUGAGACAGGGAGAGUCCCCAUUAUCGCUUCACGACAAGCUUUUGAUCUAUCACGCGCUGUUCCUAAUUGGUUUACUCCUCCUCGGGCCUCGACAGUUCGACUUAGUCGUUCAGUUUUGGCGAGACAUUCUUUAAGCUCCAGCACUUUACCAGAUAAUUCUUAUUCACCUGACAGCCGGUUGUUGUCUUGGGUCAAAUCUCAGUUGAAACCUUAG